UGGCGAUAGACAUUGAAAUUGAAACAAGAAAAAAAUCAGAACUUGAGCAUCAAAUUCAGGACCCUCUGCAGCAAUAUUCCAAAAUUCUGACAAGGAAACUGCAGCGGUUGAUAGAACAGAGUUGAGAAUUGAGAACUGUGGAGUAACAGAAAGAAACAAUGGUGUUCUCCAAGGAAGCUGGAUCGUCUUCCUACUCCCUUCCACCCUACCCCAGAGAAGACACUCCUCUCCUGGGAAAGGCACCGGCUUUGUCCUCCAAUCCCAAGACCUUCGCUAACAUCUUCAUCUCCAUCGUCGGCGCCGGCGUUUUGGGCCUCCCUUACAGCUUCAAGCGAACGGGCUGGCUCAUGGGCCUGCUCAUGCUCUUCUCCGUCGCUUUCCUCACCUACCAUUGCAUGAUGCUCCUCGUCCUCACGCGUCGCAAACUCGAAUCUUUAACGGGCUUCACCAAAAUCACCUCCUUUGGCGACCUGGGUUUUACGAUCUGCGGCCCAGUGGGCCGCUUCGCCGUCGACGUCAUGAUCGUCCUCUCCCAAUCCGGCUUUUGCGUCAGCUACCUCAUCUUCAUUUCCUCCACCCUCGCGUUCCUCACCAACAACGAAACGACGCCGGUUUUCCUCGGUUUCACCCCCAAGGUUCUGUUCCUCUGGGCCUGCUUCCCCUUCCAGUUAGGACUGAUUUCGGUUCGCACUUUGACUCAUUUGGCUCCGCUGAGUAUAUUCGCCGACGUGGUUGAUCUUGUUGCGAAGAGUGUUGUCAUGGUCGAAGAUGUUUUUGUUUCCGUUAAGAAUAGGCCAGAUUUGAAAGUUUUCGGGGGUUUGUCUGUGUUUUUGUACGGUAUAGGUGUGGCUGUGUAUGCUUUUGAGGGAAUCGGGAUGGUUCUGCCGUUGGAAAGUGAGGCGAAGGAUAAGGAGAAGUUCGGUAGAGUUUUGGGUGUGGGGAUGGGAUCGAUUUCUGUGUUGUUUGGUUUGUUUGGUGGUUUAGGUUACUUUGCGUUUGGGGAAGAAACUAAGGAUAUUAUCACAACCAAUUUGGGUGCUGGGGUGAUUAGCUUUUUGGUUCAGUUAGGCCUUUGUAUCAAUCUGUUUUUCACUUUUCCGAUUAUGAUGAAUCCUGUGAAUGAGGUGAUGGAGAGAAGGUUGUGUGGGUCUAGGUACUGCUUGUGGUUGAGAUGGCUCAUGGUGUUGGUGAUUAGUUUGGUAGCGCUUUUGGUGCCUAAUUUUGCAGAUUUUUUGUCCCUGGUGGGAAGCAGUGUGUGUGUGGUAUUGAGUUUUGUGUUGCCUGCAAUGUUUCAUCUUAUUGUUUUUAAGGAUGAGUUGGGUUGGAGUUGUUUUGUUUGGGAUGGAGCAAUUGUGGUUUUUGGGUUUGUGAUUGCAGUUACUGGGACUUACACUUCUGUGAUGGAGAUUCUUUCACCCACAUCCUAAUCAUUCGGUUUGGAUAACUCUUGUGGUUAAUGUACUUUUGGAGGAAGACAAAGACACCCUUCUGUGUCUUUUUCUUCUGAAUCUAUUAAUGGUAAUCAAAAAAUGUGUUUGAUUAUUUGAAUACAUUGGAGAAACUAAGCUUAUACAUGUUUUAAGCAUA